UUCUUGUUUGCCGAUACGUUUAAUAAUUACUUCAAGUCAUUAUAAAAUCUAUUUCAAUUAAAUUUUUAUCAAGUCUUAUGAAAAAUUGUUUGAAACUAUAGACAACAAUGAAAUUAUAUAUUUUAUCAAUAUUAUUUUUUUUGGUGUUCACCUCAUUUUAUUUGGAAGUUGUAGGUGGUGGUGAUAGUACUUCAAAUGAUGGUGCUAGUACUUCAAACGAUUUUAUAGAGUGCCCAAUAUGUCGAAUUCUAAUCAAUGAAAAUCCUGGUGAUGGAUUUCCUUUCACUCACUCAGCAAAUUGUGAUGGAUUUCCUUUCACUCACUCAGCACAUUGUGAUGGAUUUCCUUUCACUCACUCAGCACAUUGUGAUGGAUUUCCUUUCACUCACUCAGCACAUUGUGAUGGAUUUUCUUUCACUCCCACAGCACAUGGGUUUACUUUCACUCACCCAGUACAAGGUGUGAGGAAUAGUGUGAAUACCUCAGCUGAAGGUGUAAAUAUUAAUUCCUCAGCAGGAGGUGUAAAUAUUGGUCCUUUUGUCUCAACAGAAGGUAUGAGGUUAAAUGUUAAUACCUCAGCAGAAGGUGUAAAUAUUAGUUCUAUUUCCCCAGCAGGAGGUGUGAGGAUUGUCAAUACCUCAGUAGAUGGUGUAAAUAUUGAUUCUAUUUCCUCAACUGGAGGUGUGAGGUAUAGUGUUAGUACCUCAGCAGAAGGUGUGAGAUUAAAUGUUAAUACUUCAGCAGAAGGUGGAAGAUUUGAUUUAAAUACCUCAACAGGAAGUGGAAGAUUUGGUUCUAAUACCUCAACAGGAGGUGGAAGAUUUGGUGCUAAUAUCUCAACAGGAAGUGGAAGAUUUUUGAUAUACAAUUUUUGGAAAAAUUUUUUACUAUAA